UAAUCUCAUCUUCCAUACUCUAUGCUCAUCAUUCCACUUCCACAUCUUUAAUAAUCAUUUCUCUCAAUAAAAAUUAUUUUCAAAACCCAGAAAAACUUUAUUCUUGGAUUGACUUCCCUUCUUUUCUCCCCUUCUACUUUUACUUGUCUUCCGAACGGCCCAAAUGCGAACACAUUUUCUCCAUUAAUGGAGCUCUUGUUCUUCUCUUUGAUUUUCCAUACUGUUCUUCUUGUUAUCCAGCUGGGUCCUGUUGUUGGAACAAUCCCGGACCCGAAUCGCCAGGCAUUGUCGAGAAUUCAUGUGGGUAAUCAGAGAAAGAGCAGAAACCAUGCAAAAGAUGACAUUAUACCCAACCCCAGAUUUGAUGACGGGCUUAACAACUGGUCUUGCAAAGGAUGCAAGCUUGCUUUACAUGAAUCAAUGGUGGAUGGGAAAGUUUUGCCGCUGCAAGGGAAGUUCUUUGCUUCUGCAUCAGAGCGUACGGAGAGCUGGAAUGGGAUUGAGCAGGAGAUAACAGGGAGGCUGCAAAGAAAGCUUGCUUAUGAGGUCAGUGUAGUAGUAAGAGUAUAUGGUGAUAAUAUCAAUGUCAUUAUUAGUGCUGGUGUACAGGUUACGCUGUGGAUCCAAACACCAGAUGAUCGUGAAUUGUAUGUCCACAUUGCCAAUGUACAGGCAACAGAUAAAUCGUGGGUGAAGUUGCAAGGGAAAUUCCUCCUUAACAGUUCUCCAUCAAGAGCUGUUAUAUUUCUUGAAGGUCCACCUCCUGGUGUUGAUAUUCUUGUCAAUAGUUUCAUUGCGAAACAUGCAGAUAAAAUGGCUCGUUUGUCUCGGCCGAUCAUUGAGAAAGCAGUUUUUGGAGUGAAUAUAGUUGAGAAUAGUAAUCUUGAUCAAAGCACAAAUGGAUGGUUUCCUCUUGGUGGCUGUACUUUAAGCAUUGGAACUGGUUCACCAGUUGAGCUUCCUUCAAUGGCAAGACAUUCAUUGGGACCUCAUCAGCCACUCAGCGGCCGCUACAUCAUUGUGACAAACCGGACAGAUACUUGGAUGGGUCCUGCUCAGAUGAUCAAUGAGAAGCUGAAACUCUAUCUGACCUACCAAGUUUCGGCUUGGGUUCGGAUUGGUCCAAGAGAAAGCACUGGUCGUCAGGUUGUCAAUGUUGCACUUGGCAUGGAUGGCCAAUGGGUUAAUGGUGGCCAAGUUGAGUGUCAUGAUGAGAGAUGGUAUGAAAUUGGAGGAUCAUUUAGAAUUGAGAAGCAACCAUCUAAUGUCAUGGUUUAUGUGCAAGGUCCUGCUUCAGGUGUUGAUUUGAUGGUUGCUGGACUUCAAAUUUUUCCGGUUGAUCGAAAAGCAAGGUUCAAGUACUUGAGAAGCAAAACUGAUAAGAUAAGAAAGCGAGACGUGAUUCUCAAAUUCUCAGGGUCAAAGGGUGGAAGUUCACUAGGCAAAUUAGUAAAAGUGAGACAGUCACAAAACAGUUUUCCAUUAGGCUCAUGUAUAAGCAGAACAAGCCUUGAUAACGAAGACUUCACUGAUUUCUUGGUUAAAAACUUCAACUGGGUUGUGUUUGGAAAUGAACUGAAAUGGUCCUGGACAGAACCGCGACAAGGUAGCUUCAACUACAAGGAUGCUGACGAGCUCCUGGAUUUCUGCAAGAACAACAAUUUGGAAAUCAGAGGCCAUUGCAUCUACUGGGAAAUGGAAUAUUCCAUCCAAUCGUGGGUCCAGGCGCUGAACAAAGAUGACUUAAUGAUAGCUGUUCAAAAUCAUCUAACACAACUUCUUACCAGAUACAAGGGAAAAUUCAGACACUAUGACGUUGAUAAUGAGAUGCUGCAUGGAUCAUUUUAUCUAGAUCGACUGGGAAAAGAUAUCAGACCAAACAUGUUUAAGACUGCUCAUCAACUAGACCCAUCUGCUACCCUCUUCGUGAAUGAUUAUCACAUAGAGGAUGGCUCUGACAUUAGAUCAUCACCAGAGAAAUAUAUACAACAAAUUCUUGAUCUGCAAGAACAAGGUGCUCCUGUUGGAGGAAUUGGAAUUCAAGGACAUACAGAUUUUCCAGUAGGACCUAUUGUUGCUUCUGCUCUUGAUAAACUUGCCACUCUUGGUCUACCAAUAUGGUUUACAGAACUUGAUGUGUCUUCUGCUAACGAGUUUAUCAGAGCAGAUGACUUGGAGGUCAUGCUACGUGAAGCUUUCGCGCAUCCUGCAGUUGAGGGCAUAAUUCUGUGGGGUUUUUGGGAGUUGCACAUGUCCAGAGGGAAUGCACAUUUAGUGAAUGCAGAAGGUAAGAUCAACGAAGCUGGGAAGAGAUUUCUCGCACUUAAGAAAGAAUGGCUUUCUCAUGCUAAGGGAAGUAUGGACGAACAAGGAGAAUUCAGGUUCAGAGGCUUUCAUGGAACAUAUAAUUUAGAAAUCAGUUCAGAUGUGAUGAAACUCAACAAGACAUUUGUUGUUGACAGAGGAGAUUCGCGGAUGAUAAUUCCUAUUGAUUUGUAAUCUCACUUUGCAGGCCUGUACUAACCACUUUCUAUUCUCUUGAAUUAGGCUAUUGAGCUAUUGAUAUGUCAAUAUUAGUUUAAAAUCUGCAGUUGGCAACAAUUUAGUAUGAAAUUAAGGUUUUGUUUAAUAUGUAAAAAUACAUUUUCUAGCUUUUAUUUUUUAGAUUUAUAAUUAUUUC